UGCUAAUGAGUUAGAGGCAGCGUUUUAGUUUCUAUAUUGUCAAGGUGUUGUUGUAAGGUCGCAGACAUAUGCGUUUGAAUUAGAAGAUUGGUUCCAAACUGAAAGAGGAAGAUAGAAGAAGAAACAAACAACCUGACAUAAUAUGUAACAAUAUGGAGGAGACAGAAAGGGAAGCAACAGAAGAAACCAUCUAUGUUUAUGAGUACCCAGCCAACAGUCAGUCAGACCCCGGGGAGGAGGGAAAGGUGAUCACCAUAGAGAGUAAAGAAUCCCCGGAGGAUGAGGUCACCACGGUAACACAAUAUGUGGAGGAGGUGGUGGAGAUAGACAAUGAAAAUGUCGUGGUGGCAAACGUAAUGGCAGCCAGUGAAAAAGGCUCUAUUAAACUGGUUCUGGCUGAGGAGGAUGACAAUCCAGGAGAACAUGGCUACACGAUGAAUUAUCGACCUAUCAGACCUGUAGAACGACAGAAGAUGAGGCCCUGGCUCCUUGAGCACCUUGAUAGUGGUAGUAUUCCGGGCCUCUCCUGGCAAAACCGAACACAGCGCAUCUUCCGCAUUUCAUGGAAACAUGCAGCACACAACUGUUUUAACAGAACCAGAGACUCUGAUCUGUUUGAAAGAUGGGCUUAUCAUACAGGUCGUCACCAUGAUGGGAAUCAUAAACGCUGGAAAGCAAAUUUUCGCUGUGCUUUGAACAGUUUACCAGAUGUUAUAGAGCUUAGGGAUCUCGGUGUUAGAAAGGGAGAUAAUGCAUUUAAAGUCUAUAAAUUUAUUGACCUCAAUGAUGAGAAGGAGAGGGAGGAGAAGAAACGUCUACAGAUGGUCACCAGGAGUAGCAAGAAAACCGAUAACAAGAAAGGGAGUUCUACACCUAACACACCUGCUGGGAGUAAACAACUGAAAGAGGCCAGUCCUCCUGCUGCCUUCAGUAUCACCACCACAGAAGGGGGUAUGUUACAGACACUCCUCCAUGCCAUAGAACUCAAAAACCAAGAAGCAGCAACAGACAAGGAUGAUGACAAAAAGUCAAAGGAAAAGAUUCAGCUGACAGUGAAGAGAAGCUUAGACCAAGAAAACCAGCCAAGAUCAAAACGAAGCCGCCGUGAAACGGGUAAAAAUCAACCGAGUGAAGAGACAGAAAGCAGUGAGGAGGAGGAGGAUUACGAGACAGAGUCUCAGGGCAGCAGUACCUCCCACACCCCCGGGGCCACGCUCACUACUCCAACAUCUGGACAGAGUGUGAUUAACAUGUUGAAGCUACCAUAUAUCUUAGACAUGAAGCAGCUUUUAGCAUUAGCCGGAAGCAAACAGAAGGAUAUUGAGGGGAAAGGUCAGAGUCAGGACAAAAUGACCAUUACCAAUGUGACCUUGGACUCUGUCCUACAGGACAGACUGACCCGUAACACAGACAACUCCAAUGUCAAGAUCACCAUUCCAUACACUGUGUUUGAAGCUCUCAAAGCCAAAAAUAUGGCAGCCAACAAAAACCCAGUAACCCUGGAGGGUACCCCUAGUAGUGUGGUUCUUACGCAAGCCCUCGAUAACAACAAGGACACUACAGAGACUACAACAAAACCACAGCAGACCGUGGUAUCGAGCCUCACCAGCAACAAGGAGGCAGCAUACCCCAACAUCAGAAGUCGCCUGGUGUCACGUCUAAACAUAAGUGGUGCCCAGGUGGUUGGUCAGGGUCAAAUACGCCCCACUCUAGUUCCUGAGGGAGGCAAAAAAGCAUUUGAGAAAGUAACAGUACAGGCUAUCCCACAGCUACAACCAGUGAAUGUGGGUUCCUCAGGUGAGGAGUCGGAACAAGACAGCAAGAUUAACAUCAGCCCUGUCAAUAUUAAUGCUGAUGUAUCACAGUCUGAAAUGCCAACCAGUUCCCAAACCAACAAAGUUUCUGCAGAGCUGGAUCGUGUGACAGAACAAGUAACAGUGGAGCUGGGAGAACUCACCGAGGACCAGUUAUCUGCUGAGGUGGUGGGCGGGGAACAAGACAACCAGUACUGCUGUCUGUGGUGUAAUGUGAAUUUCAAAACCAAGAUUGAGCUUUUAGGCCAUUUCAUUUCUCUCCACGAGGACAUGUUGAUUCCAGAGUCUGAUCAAUCAGUUAACUGCCAGGCCAUGCCUACUGAUACAGAUGGAGCUCUGGACUUGUCCAAGAAACCCAAGGAGACAUAUGGUAACAGUGCAGAGACAUCUUAUACAAAUGUGGUGGACCUUUCCUUCACUACACUGGAGGAAGGAGAGAGCGCAUUGGAUUUAUCCAACUCCAAGAAAAACCUGGUGGUAAAUGAGAUUAAUGUUCCUCCGUCUGAGAACAGGCCCCAGUACAGUCUGAAUAGUCUGAUUGAUGCUCUCCGGAAUACCAUAGAGCAAGACAGGAAGGACAAGAGGGGACCUGUGGGAAGCUAUGUGAUGGAGGUCGAUCAGGAGAUGGAUCAGGGGGAGCCAGUGAUGAAGUUUGUAGACCUGAGUUCAGACUCAGAAAGCGAGUCAGAUCUUCCCAAACAGGAAUUUACCUCAGAUGUGAAAAUUUCCGUAAAGACUUUCCAGGUGAACGGAAAAACCAUGUAUAGGUGUACCAAAUGUAACAGAGUGUUUAGCAAAUCCUGCACUCUGUCAAGACAUGCUUUGGUACACACACAGCUUUUUCCAUAUCUUUGCGGAAUCUGUGAUUCAGAAUUUAGAGACAUGAGAGUACUUCUUAAACAUCUGGAUCUUCAUGGAGAAGAUGUGGAUUGCCCAUGUCAGAAAUGUGAGAAAAUCAACCAAGAAAAAACUGUUUCCAAUAAGGAGAAAGAGGGAUCUGGGAAAUUUAAGUUCAAGUGUGAUAUUUGUAGUAAACAGUUUAGAAGUGCGGAGAGCUGUAAAGCCCAUGUGGACUCGCAUACCUCAGGAAGUGUGUCUGUCUGCUGUAGCAUUUGUAAGAUGAAGUUCUCAUGUCACCGUGCUUUGAACAGACACAGGAUGUCAUCUCACUCCCUACAGAACUGCCCCGUGUGUCUGGAGUCCUCAUCAGACCUCGCAGCUCACAUGGUCAAUCACCCAGGAGUGUUUAUAUACAAGUGUGGACUGUGUUCUGAUGGAUUCAAUCGACGUCCAGACCUCCAUGAUCACCUCAAAGUGCACACCUCAUUAGGAAACACAGGACCUCAGAACCAAAUGAGGCGACGUGUUAAACCUUUGUCAAAAAAGACAUUGGAUGCAAGACUGCUGAAGAAAACUAAAUCAGCUGAGAAAAAAGCAGCUAAAAAGAAAAGUGUUGCCAAGUCUAACAGUAAAGAAAAAACUGAAAAUAUUAAAGUGGAGACAUUUGAUGAUACAGGCAUUGUGACUAAAGCAGUAAUUUAUCAGAAGGAAGAGAGUAUGGAGACCGAGACACCUGGGAGUACGCCAAAACCUAAAACUGACAAAGAAGGAACUAUAGGGAAUAUCCCUCACUUCAUGAUGAUUGACUCUUCUGUUGACUUUGACAAUUAUCAGAAACAAAUCAAAGAGAAGCAGAAAAGUAAAAAACCUGACAGUCAAAAGAAUUCAGCUGCCAAGGAAGAAAGUUUACCAGAGGAGGACACUCCAUCACAAGAGUAUAUAUCAGAUAAAAGUGAGGGAAACCAUGUAGAAUCCCCAGUCAAGAGUGAACCUUCUUCACCCAAGACCUCAAGCUCAAUGAGCCUGCGCAGACGAUCUUCACGAAGAUGUCGCUGGCAUGACAACGAUUCUGUGUGUGAACGCUGUGACGGAACCUUUAUUAAAACCAUUGCCUUUGAGAGGAAGCAGAAGAAGACCUCUCCAACAUCCUCUGGUGACCUAAGCCAGCUGAUCCCCCCGGGGGGGACAUGACCCCUGUGACCAGCAGUACUGAUGUCACACCCGCAGCUGUCAGGGUAGCCAGGACAACCAACUAACCAUUAACCAGUCUCUUUAUGUAAAAGUCUCUUUCUCUGGCAGCCAUGUCACCACAGAUAUUUGUUAAUUGUUUAAUAUUGACACAUAAGACUCCCUUUUAACCAUGCUAGGGCAUGUCUCACAGUUAUAUUUUUUUUUACAUUAUUACACACGUGUAUGUACGUGACUACGUGUAUUAGCCUAAGAGUCAAUUUUUAUUACACUCAACGUUUCAGAGAGUAUGGACUGCAUAUAUUACAAUUAAAUCUAUAACUUGUGCUUUGUUUAUUUUUAAGUAAUUUUUUUUUUUUUGGAUAUAGAGAAAUUAACAUUUUUUUCCGGUUUUCAUUUCUGGUGUAUUAUAGUAGAAAAAAGUUGGUAAAAGUUUAAAUGUUGACUAUAAUUUCUUUGAAUUUUCACUUAAGCAUUCAAUAAGCACAGAGAAAAAUAUUGGUUAGAAUUUAGUAAUGCAUGUGUUUAAUGCUUUUAAUCUGUUUUGGAUAGAUUUAAUGUUACUUAAUUAUUUAUCUAGUAGAUACUUGACUGCUGGUUUACAUACACCAAUAAAUUCAAUAUAUAUCCCCCACUACCCAAACUCCGUCACCAUAAGCGGGAAACUCGUUAGGUUACACUCUGAAUUAUUUUUUGAUUUGUUUCUUGUUUGCUACACUAAGUAAUGAAUUUCAACAUUGUUUUCAGAACAAUUUUAAAUAAUUCAGUGAUUGAGCUUAUACAAAACUACCAUAAACAGCUGAUAAAUAGAACGCGUAUCACAUCCGUGUACAUUACGUCCCAUGAACCUUAACUCCGUCACCAGGGCCCUCUACAAUAUGUAAACGUAUUAGUUAAAAAAAAUUCCCAGUUUAGUUUUUUUCUCCGUUCAUCUUAAACUUGUAAACAUAAAAAAUCAGUUUUGACGAUUUAAAAUUGUAUUUGGAAAAGUAUCAACAACAGAAAAAAUAACAUUAAUGUAACGUAUUUUAUAUGUAAUAACGUCAUAUGUUAUCUUCAAUGUGUAGCAUAUUAGGGUAAAUUGAGAUAAAAAAUAAAAUAUUUUUCGCCGUAUUCAAUAUGGUAUGUCAUAUUAAUCCUUUGGCAAAGACCUUCAUAAAUAUGACUGACAUUUAAAAAGGAGCAUAUUGACGCACAUGUCGGAGGUAUCGAUGGAAUAGCGCAUAAAGGAAAAAUUGCUUACUGAUUUCACAUAAAAUAUGAUAGAUACAAUAGAUAACGUGUAAUUGUUAUUUAUUUUUGAUGCAUUCUUGAACUUGACUGUUAUAGUAUCUCGGCAUUUGAUUGUAGAUUUUCAGCAUGUAAAAAAUGAUGUCACAAUCGCAUUCGUUUACAAACAGCGCAGAGUUUCCCGAAAGUGACGGAGUUAGGGUAGUGACGGAGUUGAGGGGUUUGGCGAUACUUUAAUUUAUGUAUUACAGUGAAUGUUUAAUUAAAAAUUAAAUUUUAAACUUCUGGUAUUUAAACUGUUGAUUUUUGAAACUAAUAUUUUCAUUAUGAUAAAUCUUAAGUCUUCUUCAUAGUUUAAAUGAAAACGGAGACUUGAGGGUUUUUUUUUUUGUUUUUUUGUUUUCCUGGUCUUAUUAAAAGGAAAGUGUAUAAUGUAUUAAAUGUACAUAACAAUAUAAUAUAUUUACAUAGUGACAUGUAAUGUUCAUUUCUCCACAUUGGCAUGAUGUUGAUUAAUUCUUUUAUCAUUUUAAAAGUAACUAGUUAUUUAUGGAAU